AUGAAAAAAAACCGGCACUUGUGCAGCUUGACUACAAUCGACAGCAACGGUCUGCCUAGACUUGCCCCCAACGUAAAGUGGUACAGAAAACUGGCAAGGAACGUCUGGAAACUCUUUCUUGUAAACUCAAACCACUUCAUGUGCAAAAGACUAUUCCGCAACAAAUCAUCAAUACUGGCAGAGAAGAGAAGACACGCCAACAGCCCCUAUUUCUUAGUUAUACACCCCCUGAGCCUGCUCUACUCAAUUUUGGAGGUGAUGUUUUUCGUUAUGUGGAUGUACGCCUUUGUAUGCGAGUCUAUGUUGAUGAUGGACUUUCACAAUAUACACUUAGGUUUCGAGCUGGUGCAUUACAACAUAGUAAUCCCUUCCCGAGUGAUUUUGGUAGCACUGCUCUUCAACGCCGGGUACAUCGACAACAAAUCCAAAGAGAUAGUCAUUCAACCCCGGAUAAUUAUCUGCAGGUAUUUAAAGACAUAUUUCUUUUUCGAUUUCCUCACCACGUACUGGUUAUUUUUAAUUGUAAAGCUUAUGAUAAGGAAUAAGAUUCUAGUAGGUUCUCAAAUAUUCAUUUUUAGAUGUGAGGAAGGUUCAGAAAUAGUAUGCUUGUCAGCUUGCUGCGUCAGGAUUUACACCAUGUUAAACUUCAUGGAGAAUACGCUCAGCAAUUUGGGAUUGGGUAAAAUCACGAGAUUUGUCUUACUCUGUUUGGUAAAAACCUUUCUCUAUAUUCACAUUUUCGCCUGCCUUGUAUUCUUUGUACCGUACUUGAUCUAUGCGAACAAAUUCCCACCUGAGUCGUGGUUAAGUCAUGCUAAAACAGAACAGUUCACUAGUUUCUUCCAGUUGUACUUCGAAUGUUUUCUUGUAGCCUCCUCUUACUUCUUCGGCGUAUCCGAAAGACACGCCAUUACAUUGUUCUCAGAACAGAUAUGCAUGGUUUUAAUAUCUUUCGUAGGAAGAUUGUACACUCUCUUUCUCUUAGCCGACGUUUUGAACAUGCUGGGCAUAGCUGGGGUCUCAGAAAGCAAAUACGAAAGACAGAUGUCAGUUUUACACCAAUACAUGGCCGCGAAAAAUUUGCCUGAGGGCUUGAGGCGCAGGAUGCUUAAAUAUUUCGAGUUCAAACAUCAAGGGCGCUUCUUUAAGGAAAAUGAGAUCAUAGACAGUCUUUCCGAAACUCUAAGAACAGAGCUAUUUCUGUUUGCUGCAAACAAGUUGAUCCGCAAAGUAGAUGUGUUUAGAAAGCUACCCACUUCGACACUUGGCGCCAUCAUAGCGAUGAUGAAGUCUGAAAUUUACUCCCCUGGAGACGUCAUCGUGAAAUGCGGGGCGGAACUGAAUGACCUCUUCUUCAUAUCCAGCGGCACCGUGGCUGUCGUCAACAAGAGAGGUGUUGAACUUUGUCACUUGGAGGAUGGUGAAGACUUUGCUACGAGUUCAUUUAUUAUGCAGCGACAGCUUUAUGCCGUGACGGCGGUGGAAACCACGGAAGUUUUUUUUAUGGACAAGAACGAGUUUUUGAAAUUUUUAGAACCCCAUCCCGAAGUUAAAGCUGAAUUUUAUCGAUCGUACCAGGAGAAACUUGCCAAGUUAAAAGUUUUGGAAAAUACAGCUACUGCAGACUCGAUAGAUUUAAUGUCGGAACUUCAGAAGGGACACAUACUGGAGAAGCUUACCAGACGACCAAGAGUCAAAGCAAACUGA